AUGGGACUCCAUUCAGGUUCAUCUCUCUCGCCGUCACCGGGAGAGACUGUUAUGGUGGUGAUGAACGUAAAGCGCAGCAAAGGAAGCCUGGACGCCCUUGACUGGGCCAUCAAACACCUCGUCCAGCCCAGAGACAGAGUCAUAGUUCUUGGAUUGUUGUAUGAGUUGGGGAAGAGGACGUGUUUCCCAUUUGGCAUUGACAUCUCUAACAUUUGGGUAAAACUGGAGUUUGCAGGACAAGGAGAAAUGAACCCCAGAGAUCUUGAAGAGGAGAUUGAGAGAAAGAAGGAAGAAUACCAGUGUACUCUCGAACCAUUCUAUCGACGCUGCAAAAGGAAUGAGGUGGAGUUGGAAAUCAAACUUGCAGCAGGAUAUGAUCCACGGAAACUUAUUGUUGAAGAAGCACAAAAUUUCAAUCCUCGUUGGAUCAUUUUAGAUAGCCACUUGAAGAGGGAAAAAAUGUACAUAUAUGGGCAUGUAGCCUGCAAUGUUGCAAUAAUGAAAGGGAAAGACUUUGCAACCUUAAUGCCUUCAAAACUUCCGGUGCAUGAGCUAUGGUUGAGUGAGUGUAGAAGAAGUGUUGAUGGAAUUUCAGAGUACAGAAAAAGUGUCGAUGGAGUUUCCAUAGCCGAUGAACACGAGAAACAAGAUAAAAGUCUCACAUCUUCUCAGGAAAAUAAGUCAUUCACACCAUCACAAUAUCCACAAACUCCUCAAACUCCUUGUUGGUAUCCACUCUCAUGGAGAACUGGAUUCCCUAGACCUUUCACCAUUAGUGAAGUUGAAAGGAUAACCAAUGGCUUUGCUGAUGAAGAAAUUAUUGCAGAGAAGAAGAGCAGGAAAAUUUAUGAAGGGAUUUAUCAAGAAACACCUGUUUUGGUCCUCUGUUUCGCCGGGAAUGAUGAUCGCUUCUGGUCAGUACUCAAGGUCCUCUCCAGAGUUCGCCAUCGCAAUAUUUUGAACCUUGUUGGAUACUGCUGCACAAAUGCUUCUAAUAUCUUGCUAUGUGACUACCCUUGUGGCAAAAAUCUUGAUACAAAAUUGCGAAGUGAUGAAUCGGCUAAGAAUCUAUCAUGGAAAUCAAGGUGGCAAAUCGCUCUAGAUAUAGGCGCAGCCCUGCGCUACCUCCAUGAAGAGUGUGCCGAUGGACCUAUUGUAGACGUCUCACUUUGUUCCAACUCUGUGGUAUUUUCUCACAGUUCCUCUGCCUUGCUUUGCAUCUCAACCUCAGCUAGAUGUCUUAUGGAUGGUGUCCCUUGGAAUGGAGAAUCACCAGCUCGGCUAUCGAAUUUUGAGGAAGAUGAGCGACUCUCUGGUGAUAUACGCGCUUAUGGUAUAGUUCUCACAGAGCUCAUAACCGGAAAAAGCAAUGAACGCUUUCAGUCCGAAAACGGGAAUCAAUCCUUCAUCGAUUGGGCAUUGCCACUGCUGCAAAGUGGUUCCCUGAACCUGUUGAUGGAUCCAAGGUUGACAGAUGCUGCUUCUCCUUCUUAUGUAGUCCAUCAUAUGGCACGCGCCGCGUUACUGUGUCUGAAGAAUGAAUCAGGUCAUAUGGUCUCCAUGAGUGAGGUAUUGGCUGUGGUUCAAGGAGAUCAAAUUACAGUAACAAAGCAUUUGAAUUACUUGAAUUGA